GCCAUGAGGAGGACCUUAGGGGGGCUCACUUGAUCAGUUGACUGACAGCAGGACAGAAGAAAAAGAUAAUCUUGCUGACAGUUCUUUUAGUUGUUCACAUAUUUGGAAAUUUGUGUGUGUGUGGUUUUCUUUUCGCGAAUUUGUAAAAAGCUUUAUGGAACUAUUUUUUGCAUCUGGAAUAUCAAGGGUCUUUGUGUACGGAUAUUAUCACCAGGGGAGCCUUGUUUCAUUUUUGGUGCUUUCUUUUUUAUUUUAUUUUUCUUCCUGUUGACCUUUGACCUGUGGUAUAUUCGGGGUUGCCAUGACAGCGGAGGAGAGACCGGAGGGCUUCAGGGAGCCUCCUGCCAUCAAUGGCAAAGUCCGUGAGGCCAAGACCAAGACCAAGACCACUAAGCCAGCCACAUGCUGUACACCGACACUGAAGAUGUUCAUCGGGGUGUUGGCGAUGUGCUACUUCUCCAAGUCCCUGGCGGGUAGUUACACCAAGAGCACCAUCACGCAGGUGGAGAGACGCUUCGAGAUCCCCAGCUCCACCGUUGGCAUCAUUGACGGCAGCUUCGAGAUGGGUAAUCUGCUGGUGAUUGUGGUAGUGAGUUACUUUGGAGCCAAGUACCACCGGCCCAAGAUCAUCGCUACAGGGGCUCUACUGAUGACUGUAGGGACGCUACUGAUGGCCCUACCACACUUUCUAAUGGGCAGGUAUGACUAUGAGUCUGCUGCUGUGAGGCCGUCCAUGAAUGACCCCAACUCCACUUCAGCCUGCUCCCCCUCCUCCCACAGUAUACAGGACCAAGCACCCACAUGUAAAGAAGGAGAAGAGGAGGGUUCGUCCAUGUGGGUGAUGGUGCUCAUGGGUAAUGUGAUUCGUGGAUUUGGCGAGGCCACCAUCGGACCCCUGGGAGUCUCCUUCAUCGAUGACUUCGCGCGGCCAGAAAACUCUGCCUUCUAUCUCGGAUGUCUGCACACCAUCGCAGUGAUCGGCCCUCUAUUUGGAUACACACUGGGCUCUGUCUGUGCUAGCCUCUAUGUGGACAUCGGCUUUGUUGACCUAGACAGCGUGACCAUCACCCCCCAGGACUCCCGCUGGGUGGGUGCUUGGUGGCUGGGCUACAUGGUGGCAGGAGUGCUGUCCUUCAUCACCUCCCUGCCGUUCUGGUUCCUGCCGCGCUCCCUCCCUGAGGCCCCCCCACCCGGUGAGGCUGAGGACAGCCAAGACGGCCAGGACCCCUCCUCCCUGGAGCCACUCAACCCCCCUCAAGAGGAGCACGUGCCCAGCCUCAGCGAGGUCGCCAAAGAAUUCCUACCUUCACUGAAGCGCUUAUUCACCAACAAGGUGUAUAUGCUGUACAUGUGCGCCAACCUGGUGAUGUUCAACGCCUUUGUCAUCAUCAUCACGUACACGCCCAAGUACUUCGAGCAGCAGUUUGGACAGGGAACCUCCAAGACCAACUUCCUCAUUGGUGUGGGUGGGAUGCCAGCGGUGGCCCUGGGCAUAUUCCUGAGUGGCGUGAUCAUGAAGAAGUUUAAGCUGGGUCUGCUGGGAGCUGCUCGCGUGGCCUUCUACACCUCCGUAGGCGGCUUCCUCUGCACCAUCCCCUUCUUCGCGCUCAGCUGUCAAAACACACACGUGGCAGGAAUAACCGCACCAUACCCUGGGUUCGAUGUGGCUAGGGAUGGCCUGGGUGAUGUGAUCUCCCCGUGUAACAGUGCCUGUGGCUGCCCCCAGCAGCAGUGGGACCCCGUGUGUGGCCAGGACGGCAUCACCUAUGCCUCCCCCUGCCUCGCCGGAUGCACUUCCACUAAAGGGGCCGGCAAGAAUAUAAGUUUCCACGGCUGCAGCUGUGUGCAGAGCUCGGGCCUGAGCUGGGCCAACUCCUCCGUGACGCUGGGGACGUGUGCACGGGACUACACCUGCUCCCUCAUGGGCUACACUUACCUGGGCCUGCAGGCAUUCAGCUUCUUCAUAUACUGUCUAGGCAGCACACCCAUGUUCAUCAUUACACUCAGGAGUGUGGACCCAGAACUGAAGUCUCUGGCUGUCGGACUACUUAUGCUAUUGCUCAGAGUCCUUGGGGGGAUCCCUGCUCCUAUCUACUUUGGGGCCCUGAUCGACUCCACGUGUGUGAAGUGGGGAAGCCGCAAGUGUGGAGGGAGGGGCGCCUGCAGACUAUACGACAUAGAGACCUUCAGGUACCUGUUCUUGGGCUUGGUGAGCAGCCUGCGUCUGGUGAGCUACUUCAUCUUCUGGCAAUGCGUCUCCCAGAUCAAGAGGACCGUAGACAAAGCAAGUCACAACAAGGACAUUGAGCUGCAGAGAGCCCAAGAGAACCAGGAACUCGCACAGGGUCAGGGCUCUGUGGCCAAUCAGACAGAAAGUUUGAACAUCAGCGAUGGAAAGGCAACCAAUGGCAGCAAAAAGAUGGGCAUCACUGAUGGUGGUGCAGCCAAUGACAGCAAAGAGAUGGACACCGCUGAGAAGAUGAAAAUUGAUGAUAUGCAUAUACAGUAGAUGAUAUGAGCAGUGAUGACAAAAACACCAGUCAAAUUUCAGAGUGACUUCAAUAACUUAUUCAUCAUUACAUUACACUUACCUGAUGCUUUUAUCUGAAGCAACUUUGUUAUUAUUCAGAGUGUUACAGUCCCUAUAGCAAUGAAGCUGUUAGGUGCCUUGCUCAAGGGCACUUAAGCCAUGAAUGGCACGAGAUUAGAACCUGCAAACCAGUUUCCUAUCCAGCAUCUCAACACAUAUACUGGAAUUACAGUGACUGACUGCUAUCUGUGAACAUGAUCUGUGAACUUCUUUGAAUGGGAGGGCAGAAACCCUUUUUACUAUGCCGUAAAUCUGACAGAAAUAUGUAGCCUACCAGUUUGUAAUCUGAUCUUUUUAAAUUCAAAAUACAGUAUUCAUACCGCACGUUGUUGCUUGCUUGUGAGUGAAAUUCACACACUUCAUAGAACGUGCCACACAGGUGCAGUAUGUAAUAUCAUUGCCAGGCUCUAUAUGGCAGCAUUUGGCCAGUGAAAUGCAGGGACGUAGCAGCAAAUUUUGGGCCCUACGACACCCCUGGUGAAAUGCACCCAAGUCCAGAUUUCACACUGCGGCGUGUGAUUCUGUCCUUCCUAAUCUGUGCGUGCUGUCAAAUGCCCAUUAACAGAAACUUAAUGUGUUGGUUCCCAUAUGAAAAUAAUUUAUUUUACAAACACCCUACUCACCCUUUUUGGUGAACCUCUGAGGUAUUAAGACAGUGUAGGGGAAUAGAUCGCACUGAGGUUUUUUAAAAUUGUUAUUCAGCCAUUGCAGGUGUCAGACAAUCAUGAAGGAUCUUGUAGCUGAAAGGUCUGUCUGGUCCUUGAAAUGGCUGAAUAGAAAGAAAAAACAAGAAGAACCUGUAAUCGAUUCCCUAUUUGUUCACCACAUCAUAAUGGACUGGCGGUUCUGUGUUCUGUUGGCUUUGAAUACUGGGGUAACCCUUCAGAACAGUGCUUCCUAAUAGCUUUACAAACAUUUGAAAAUAAUUAACUAGUCAACAAAACACUACAAAUGUUUUGUAAAAUGCUGUGUAAGUAAGAAAUACUAUGUUAACACAGGACAGAACAGUUGCAGCAGUCCUGAAAGUUUGGCAUCAAAGAGCAAAAAGAUGAAGCCACUGGCUAUGAGGAGUUGAUUCCCACUCCACUGUGCAACAGUGUGUAAAUGUUUUGUUUGUACAUGUUUGUUCAUAAGUAGGUCAUUAAUAAAUGUUAAUUAAGUGCUAGCAAGGGAGCGUUAUUCUAAAGUGUUAUACAAUAUAGGUCUUCACCAGAAGGAGAUGGAAACUGUCUGUGUGCUAAACACAAUUCAUGUAUUACUAACUGUUUUAUGUUUAUCAUAACUGGACAGAUCAUUACGAGUAUAUAAGUUCAAAUGUAAUAUUUGUAUUGCAAUUCAGUAACAUAAUCUAUCUGAUCUCUCUUCUGUAAUUAAAAUGGAUUAUUAAGAACAAAAAAGGGAUGUUGUGAUUCAGUGGGCUGGAGCACUGUAGGCCUACCAUUAUACUGAGGACCUGGGUUCAAAUCUGGCCCAAGGUCCUUUCCCGAUCUUUUUCUCCCCAAUCACUCCCUGUCUCUCUCACUGUCCAGUCUGAUAAAAAAGGUGUAAAAGCCCAAAAAAGAA